AUGAACCAGAUGCCCUGUGUACAAGCCCAGUAUGCCUCCCUGCCCCAUGACAGUUACUUCAGCUCUGAGUUCUUGAAUCCUGACCUCAGUGCCAAACUGGUGAUGGACAUCAGUGGCCAAAAGGACCAGCUGUCUACAUCUUCGUUGCCCAGCAUCAACACUUUGGUGGGAAAUGGCUAUGUGGGGGAGUUUGAUGCUUAUUCCUGCAGGAUUACCAACUCUCCUCCGGCCUCUACAGUUUCCUUCAGCCACUCAGCGGAGAGCUCCUGCCCUCAGAUGCAGAGCCAGGCCUUCAAGCUGGAUGAUCUCCAGGUGUAUGGCUGUUACCCAGGUUCCUUUGCGAUGAGCUGCCUUGAUGAAACGCUGUCGUCAUGUGGCUCUGACUACUAUGGCAGCCCAGUUUAUACCGCAGCUUCCCCUCCCACAUCUGGCUUUCAGGCCCAGUCUGCACCCAUCUGGGAUUCCCCUUUCAGCCCCUACCCCUCAGCCCCCCCGUCCUCUGUGGCUGAUAAGACCGCCAUGGCCCAGCAUCUCUCCUUUUUUACCUUCAGCCCCGCUCCAGAGCAGCACUCUCCCCUGGGGCAUCAUCAAGAUGCUCUGCCGGGCCACGACGACCCUUUCUUCCUGCCUCCUCAGCAGCACAUGUCUCCACUUCAUUGUCCCCCCAUGUCCCUGGACCAUGGAUGCAUGGAAAGUCCCAGGAUAGUUGAAGGGUCCAUGAUGUCUCCUAAAUGCCACAACCCAGGAUCCAGUGAGGGCCGCUGUGCAGUUUGUGGGGACAACGCAUCCUGUCAGCACUAUGGAGUCCGCACCUGUGAGGGCUGCAAAGGUUUCUUCAAGCGAACUGUACAGAAAAAUGCAAAGUAUGUGUGCCUUGCCAAUAAAGACUGUCCUGUGGACAAGAGAAGAAGAAACCGCUGCCAGUUCUGCCGUUUCCAGAAAUGUCUCACAGUUGGAAUGGUCAAAGAAGUUGUUCGCACCGACAGCCUCAAAGGCCGUCGAGGUCGUCUGCCUUCGAAACCCAAGACUGUGUCCGAUACUUCAUCCACAACCCCCAGCGUCAACAUAUUAGCCUCUCUUGUCAGAUCUCAUUUAGACUCAAACCCAACCAUUGGAAAGCUUGACUACUCCAAGUACCAGGAGACUGUGGACAACCUGAAAGAAAAGGAGGAUGCUGCUGAUAUUCAGCAGUUUUAUGACCUGCUGACUGGUUCUUUGGAUGUAAUAAGAAACUGGGCCGAAACCAUCCCAGGUUUCAAAGAUUUCUGCACAGAGGACCAGGAGCUGCUCCUUGAAUCAGCUUUUGUUGAGCUCUUCAUUCUGCGACUUGCAUACAGGUCUAAUCCUGAGAAGAACAAGCUGAUCUUCUGCAACGGUUUGGUCCUACACCGACUGCAAUGCGUUUCCACUUUUGGUGAUUGGAUUAACUCCAUAAUGGAUUUCUCCCAGAGCCUUCACCGAAUGAACUUGGACGUCUCCUUGUUUGCCUGCCUUGCAGCGUUAGUUAUCAUCACUGAUCGCCAUGGCCUCAAAGAGCCCAGGAAGGUGGAAGACUUUCAGAGUCAUCUCAUCACUUCUCUAAGAGAGCAUGUGAAUGGAAACGGAUCAGAACCGAGCCGGACACAGCCCAACUAUCUUUCUCGUCUUCUGGGCAAACUCCCCGAGCUGAGGACUCUGUGCACACAGGGCCUGCAGCGCAUCUUCUACCUGAAACUCGAGGACCUGGUUCCCCCUCCACCAAUAGUGGAGAAAAUCUUUAUGGAUACUCUGCCAUUCUGAAAAAGAAGGCAAAGUAGUUUGUAAAAACGACACAAAGCACCCAAUGUGAGGUUUUACCACUGAACUGUACUGGUGAACCUCCUUCAAACAAUGUCUGGCAUUGUUCAAGAGAUCCUUAUUUUUCUAACAUUACGUUUUAAAAUGUAAUUUGGUACCUGUGUGAGUAUCGUAUACAGUUUCUUCUCUGAAACAGAGAGAGCUGAAAUGUUAUAAACAGAUCAGGACACAGUUUAUAAAGUAUAUAUUUUUGUGUGCAUUUGUAAAAGGACUUUAUUGCUGUGCUGGAUGUUUGAAUGUUGUCUUGCUAUGCAGCUAGUGAGAUAUGGAUAUUUGGGUCGAUGCAAUGCAGUGUUACAUACUCAGCUUUUCCCAAAAGCAGAAAAACACACUAAUCUCCUAAAAAGCAUUUUUUAAGUUGCUUUCGAUCCCACUGGGUAGAGGAAACUGAUAUAUUAGAUUAUUUUGUAGAAAAAGCCAGGUUGACGGAACUCUAGAGUCCCAGUUUUUGUUAUGGAUAUCUUUACUAAUAUCUUUGCAUAACAAAAUAUAGUUUUAGUCCUAACUGUGCUCCUGUAAAAGGUCUUGGACCAAAGUUUACUCUUAUUUUGAUACUUCCACUAACAAACCUUAUUGCCUUAAGAUAAACAAAAUGUUCUGCCACAACUCCAUGCUGCCAUUUUGCAACACCUUGUAAAGGCUGAUGCUGGCAGAGUUCCUUUUGAACCGCAUGUCCCUGUAACAACAUACUUUGAGAACUUUUUGAACUUGCUAAAUGGAAAAAAACAAAGUGCCUUUCAUAAAGCGUCGCUCCUAAACCAUAGUAGGUGACACUAAGUUGAUUUUCAUUCCAAAUAUCAAAUACCGCAAGCCCUGUUUAAUAUUAAUGUUAAAUAAUCUAUUUUAAUGUCUCUAUUAAAAUAAAAUUGUGCCUGAGACUUGGGAUAGAAAUACACUUGGAACAUACAAUUCUUGAACGCACACUUCGCCCUGGUGCACUGUGUGUGCAUACAGUGAUGACAGGUGGUUUAGGAUCCAGAAAAACUGAAUCCUGUUCACAUGACCCUGAGGCAGUGUUAACUGCAGCAGAGCCUUCCAGUUAAAGAUCACAUUUAGUCAAAGAACAUUUCAGAGUCUCCCUGUAUCCACAAUUUCAUGUAGUGUAUCCUUGAUACGAUUUAAUAGCUGACAAAGCUUGAUCAUCCACAUGCAAAAGCAGGCAUUUCAUGUUUGACACCCCUACACGUGUUCGUAAGGACUGUCUUCCACAUUCUGGAGUUACGCAGAUUUUAUAUGUUGGAAUUAUUUUGUGUUUCCAUAUCAGAAUGAACUAAAGAAAUAUCUUAAGAAAUCACAAUGAAAUGUGAUGAGAAGAUAAGCAGCUAAGAGCACUUCAAAUAGUGUUCAAACAAUAUGAAGAACACUUCUUUCUCCUACUGUAUGUGUUUUGUUUGGGAUGUGUGUGAAAAAUAUUGCCAUGGCUUUGGUAAAAUAGUGCAGAUGUGUUAAAAGACAGAGAAUAUUUGAUAUUAAAUAUUUUUGGAAAACACAA